AUGAACCCGGAUUUUUAUCAGAAUUUUUGGGAUAGUGUGGGGGGUGAUAUCUCGGCUUUUAUUGUAAAAUGUCUGAAUACAGGCUCGUUGCCACCUGGUCUAAAUAAUACCGAUGUCGUAUUAAUUCCUAAGAAAGAUGUUCCUGAGCAGGUCUCUGAUUUAAGACCGAUUGCACUGAGUAAUGUAAUUUAUAGGAUUAUGGUCAAAAUGAUUACUCAGAGAAUGAAACCCCUAAUGGAUAGUAUUAUAUCUGAGUCCCAAAGUGCAUUUAUACCAGGCAGGUUGAUAACGGAUAAUAUCUUGAUUGCCUCAGAGGUAGGCCAUUAUUUGAACAGGAAACAGUGUGGAGCAGUUGGUUGGAGUGCUUUAAAGCUAGAUAUGGCAAAAGCCUAUGAUCGGAUGGAAUGGCCUUUUCUUAAAGCAACUGUGCAGGAGGCAAAUGAAAUUAAAGGUUGCCUGGCUCUAUAUGAAAAUCUGUCUGGGCAGACUGUUAAUUAUCAUAAGUCCAGCAUAUGUUUUAGUAAGAAUACGACGGAGGAGGUCAAGGAAAAUGUGGCACAAGUAUUGGGAGUGACCCAGGCUCCUAACUAUGGGAAAUAUCUUGGGUUGCCGUCUUUUAUUGGAAGAAAUAAGAAAGCAGCAUUUGCUUAUAUUGAAGACAAGAUCAGGCAGAGAAUAGGGUCUUGGAACAAGAAGCUAUUGUCACAGGCGGGUAAGGAGGUCUUAUUGAAAAGUAUGGCACAGGCGAUGCCUACUUACUCAAUGAGUGUUUUCUUAUUACCUAUUACUGUUUGUACGGCUAUUGAGCGGCUGAUGAAUAGAUAUUGGUGGGGCUCAGGGACUGAUCAGAGAAUCCAUUGGAAAGCCUGCGAUAAGUUAUGUAUCCCAAAGAAAUGCGGUGGAUUGGGUUUUAAGGACCUAAGAGCUUUUAAUGUGGCACUCUUGGGGAAACAAGCUUGGAGAUUACUUACCAAUACAGAUUCUCUGGUUUCUAAAGUUUAUAAGGCAAGAUAUUAUCCGAAGCAACCUUUUACUGAUGCGGUUCUCGGGAACAACCCAAGCCACUGUUGGCGGAGUAUUUUGGCAGCAAAAAGAUUAAUUUGCAGUGGGGUAAGAAGACGAAUUGGGAAUGGAAAUUCUACCUCGGUGUGGGGACACCCAUGGUUGCAAGAUGAAGACGACCCUAUGAUCCAGACAGAAAUGCCACCCUAA